CUGUCUAAUUCUAACCCCUCUCUUUCAUCGCUCUCAACUUGGACUGCAUCAAACCAAUAACACCACACAACAGCUAAAUCGAACAUGGUGAAAGAAGAUAAUCCAAUUUCACAAGUAGACGAAGACGAAGACGAGAAGGAAUCAUCAAAUGGAGGCGAGGAGGAGGAAGAAGAUGAUUUUGAUGAAGAUGAAGAUGAAGAUGAAGAUGAGGAAGAAGAAGAACAACAACUACCAGUAACGUCAGAAUCGAGAAUGCGAGCCGAAAGGGCAAGAAUGGAAGGAAUUUUUCACCGGAUUUCGUCGGAGAGAGUUCCGCUCAGAGUCCAUGAUGUGUUGAUCAAAGGAAACAACAAGACUAAAGAAUCGUUGAUCGAAGCUGAAGUUGAAGCCCUAAAAAACGCCACUUCAGUCCAAGAGCUGCUUCAAGCGGCGACCAUAGCCAAUGCGAGGCUUCAAAAACUCGAUAUUUUCGAUUCCGUAAAUAUCACGCUUGAUUCGGGCCCACCUGAACUGCCGGGGACUUCUAAUGUGAUUGUUCAAGUUGUUGAGUCGAAAAACCCUCUCACUGGUGAUAUCGGCAUUUUUACCAAACCGGAGGCUAAAUCUUGGUCACUUGAGGGAUCACUCAAGCUUAAAAACUUAUUUGGGUAUGGAGAUCUCUGGGAUGGUUCUUUGUCUUAUGGCUGGGACCAAACAUCCGAAGUUAGUGCUGGUGUGUCUUUGCCAAGAUUCAUGAGAUUGCUUACUCCUGUUAUGGCUCGUGUCUCCCUGCUUUCUCAAGAUUGGCUGAAGUUCUCCUCUUACAAGGAGCAAGCAUUGGGCCUAUCUCUUGGCCUACUAUCAACUAAAAAUCAUGACCUAGCAUAUAAUAUCUCUUGGCGCACCUUGACCGACCCAUCACAAAUGGCUUCUAAGUCGAUAAGGAGGCAGCUUGGGCAUGGCUUACUAUCACAUCUGAAGUACACAUUUAAGAUUGAUAGGAGGAACUCAUCUCUCAGACCAACGAGAGGGUUUGCUUUUGUUUCUACUUCUCAACUAGGUGGCAUUUUUCCUGAUUAUCGAAGCUUGCGUUUUAUCCGCCAGGAGGUUGAUCUUCGUUAUGCUUUGCCCUUGGGUUUUGCCGGUGCUGCACUGAACUUUGGAGUUGCUGGUGGUGUUCUUUUUCCAUGGGGGAAUGGAUUCUUGAAUACACCUGCAUCUUUACCUGAUCGAUUCUUCUUGGGUGGGAACUCUUCUCCUGUUUGCACAUUAGGCGGACCCACAUCGUUAUUGGGUUUCAAGACUAGGGGACUGGGCCCAAGUGAGCCAAAACGACAAGUCAAAACAAACUCUGAAGAUACGAAUUCCGAUACUUCUGAAAGAGAUUUUCUUGGUGGAGACCUUGCUGUUACAGCCUUUGCAGACCUUUCUUUUGAUCUCCCAUUGAAGGUGUUGAGAGAUUCUAAUAUUCAUGCACACGCGUUUGCUUGUGCUGGGAGUCUAACCAAAUUAACAGAGAACGCAUUUCAAGAUUUUUCUUUCCAGAAGUACCGUGAUUCAUUCCGUAGCUCGGCAGGCUUUGGGCUUAUUGUACCAACAAAGUUGUUUCGCAUGGAGGUGAACUACUGCUACAUAGUGAGACAACAUGAAGAGGAUCGAGCAAAGACUGGUGUGCAGUUUAGCUUUUCUUCACCUUUAUAGUCUGAGUCAAAAGUGUGUAAUUUUAGACAGUUUCAUUAAUAAUAAUGUCUUCACUCGAGUUAUAUCAUAACAUCAUGCUGCUUUGCUUUGCUUCGCCUCGAGUGAAGUGAGGAUAUAGGCACCUUUUUUUAACUGCUACUGUUUGAUGUCAAACAGUAGUAGUAGAGCUGAGCAAUUAAUCAAUGUAAACAAUGUGUUGUCUGUUUCCCCUCUCUCA